AUGGAAGAAGAUAUGGAUGAGCGGCAGACUCAGAAAGGUAAGGAAAGAUAAGUCUCUUUUAUAUUUAGAUGGUUGGAUUGAGAUUCCAUUUGAGUGAAAUCCUCCCCUAAUUUAUUUGUCUGUGUCAGUGAAGUACUUAUGCAGAAAGGAUUGAGAAAAUAUUUGAUUAAUACUCUUGGUAUAAAAGAGCAUCUGUUUGAGUUGUUCCUUUGUCCAUUGAGUGUCUGCUUGACUAAAGUGUGUGUGUGUGUGUGUGUGUGUGUGUUGUCUGCUGUCGAAACAGUCAGAGGGGUGUGAACUGCCUCUGUGAGCGUUGACUGUGAAAGCACAGGGAGGAUUGUCUUUGUCCACGGGCGUCUCGGUAAGGCUCUCCCAUGCCUGUCGAAAUGGCUCAGGGGAACAUUGAAGACGAGACCUCGAGCCAGUCCCCUUUCACUAAUAAAACCAUUGUAUCCAGACUAUAUGCAUGUCCAGCUAUUGUAUUAAAAUCAAAGCGCUUUCAUUCUUUCAGCAGAAAAAAAAGCUUCAGGAUUUGACGCAUGUGAAGAUUCCUCUCUUGUGCAUAUGCAUGCAGGGUAUGUUGUUUGCUUUGUGCAAAGGGGUUGCCAUUUAUAAUGCAAACCCACCCCUUCACCAGUGUUGAAGAAGUGUAGGCUUGAGUGGAAAAUAGCAGUGCAUAAAUACAUUGAUGUUUACAAGCAGUUGGUUUGAAUUAGCAUUCUUCCAUAUUAAUUCAAAUGCUCACUGGAUGAAGAAAAAUGCUAUCGUUCUCUCCGCUCUUAGGUGUAUUUCUCUCCCUCCACUCCUCCUCCUCCUUCCUUCCUUCAUUUUUACCCUCCUUCCCAGGUUCUGUGCAUGUGAAAGGGCUUAAUAUUUCUGUUCUUCUUUUCUUCCCUCCUUCCUCUCCUUCCUGGAAACCAGUGCUUCACAGGCAUGAGGGAGAGCUGAAACAGUUGCCAUGGCACUGGCCAAGUCUGGUCAUUAUCCCCGCAGACACUCUGCUCUCUGUUCUGUUCCUGCAGAUUACAUUUUGGUAUCCUGGACACACAGUUUACACAGUGCCUGUGUGCGUGUGUUUGUGUGCGUGUUUGUGUGCGUGUUUGUGUGCGUGUUUGAGUGUCAUGGAUGGUCGUUUACCUACACUCUUAGAAAAAAAGGUGCUAUCUAGAACUUACAAGGGUUUUUCGGCUGUCCCCAUUGGAGAACCCUUUGAAGAACCCUUGUUGGUUCCAGGUAGAACCCUGCUGGUUCCAAGUAGAACCGUUUUGGGUUCCAUUUAUAACCCUUUCCACAGAGGUUCCUACAUGGAACACAAAAUGGUUCUACCUGGAACCAAAUAGGGUUUUACCUGGAACCAAAAAUGGUUCUCCUAUGGGGACAGCCGAAGAACCCUUUUGAGUGUAUAAAUAAUUACAUGUACUACAAAGUAAUAGGUCUUUAUUGUCUGGUAAGAUGUUACCACUAUUGGUGGCUGUAAUAUAAUAUUGGUUCAGGAAUUCUGUUUUCACACUAUGGUCCAUGACUCUUUGAGACUAAGAUGUCUCCAACCUGUGGGAUGACUACCGGAAAUUUCUUGAUAGCAGUUUUGAUUGAAUACCCAUCAGUCUCCAUUACUUGGUGUGUACUCGCGCUCUCUGUGUGAAUUCUACAUCCUGGAAGUCUAAUCUGUCACAUCAUACAGUUGGCCAUCUACAUCAAUGCUCACCCAACUGAAAGAGACUAGCAUGCAGACUGAACAUGCAUGUCUCUAGUACACCAUGCCCAUUCAUUUGGGUGAAGGCCUCGUUAGUCUAUCUAUAAUUACUUAGCCAAGCACUCAUUACACUACUAGUGCUGCGGCCCCACUUGCCCAAAGGUGGCUAACUGGCACAUCUCUUCUCCAUCAAAUUUGUAAAGUUAUAAAUAAAACAUGGCGCUAAAGCAGCUUGGCUGAGUACUGCUCCACAUUAACGCUCUUCUUGUUUAUUGCUUCCUCUCUGAAACAACACACAGACUGAUGAACUUCAGUUGCCAACUCCUAUUGUUCUACAACGUGCUAAACCAUAACAAUGAUCAUAGGAGUUGGAUACAGAACAAUCAGGUCUGGGACCAGGCUACUGAAGUUCAGCUAGGGGCACAUAGAAGUCUAGUGCUUGAAACAAGAUGAUUUUACCCUCCUGUUUCCAAUUAUGAAGUCUGAAUGCAUGAAUAGUGAACAAUGCCAUGUAAUAGGUUGGCCUACAUGCUGCUAUGCCUGCUACAGUAUGUGCAGUGUGUCUUGCCCACUAGCAAAUCAUGGAAUUUUGGUUCUCUGUUGAUAUUUGCCAUUUAGUUCCUCCAUGCAAACCUUAGCCCUAAAACCACCCCCUAAACAGAAAAGGCAUCAACCUCAAACAAACAUCAAAUUGCCCCAAAAUUGUCAUGACAUUUCAAGUAUUGACACAAGGAAAAUACAUUUCACUAUACAAAGCUAGAAUAGCCAUAUUGAGGGGGACUUGGGUAUGCUCUCACAGUAUUACCCUCACAGUGAGGUAAUGUGCUUUAUGUUAUUCAUCUUUUAAUAACAGUAAUAUAUGCAGCCAUAAAUAAACCUAUUAUUUGGCAACCACCAAAACGACAAUGAGUUAUAACUAUUUAAUAAUGAUUCAUAAACUACAUAUCAUCUAAUGUUGAUCUAUAAACUACUUAUAAAACCACAACCCCUCAUAAACAGCACUUCUUAAUAUUAAUGUAAAGUAUUACCAAGUUAUAGAUUACACCUUACUGUUAUAUUAAGGGUUCUAAGUCUCUUGUCGCUUGUCACUUGGUUGAGACAAUUAUUCACAUGACCACUGUAAAGUCUACUGAGCUGAAAGGCUGGCUUAAGAGCACAUGAAAGGGGAGAUUUAACACCCUCCUGGGAGUUAGGACAAUUAAUGACUUGGGGCUUCCGCCGUUAGAGGGCCUCUCAAAUGGCUUUAUGAUGUUUUUUUAUGUUUUCUUAGAUGACGAGUUCAUUUCAGUUUUAAUUUCCGUGGCGUUGUGGAGAUUAUGUAAUAAAAUGUAAUAACUUGAAAACAAACUCCUGUAUGGUAACACUGCUCCUGUAGCAUUGUUUCUAGUCUGAACUGAAGUCCUUGAUCUUUUAGCAGUCAUGCCACCUAGCUUUUACCAUGCAUUAUAUAUAAAUCUGAGCAACUCUCAGGGAGAAGCAGCAUCAAACAGUUAUGCUUUUAUCUAGUAGUUAUUUUAUAGUCUACUGUAUGAGACCUACAGUGAGGGAAAAAAGUAUUUGAUCCCCUGCUGAUUUUGUAUGUUUGCCCACUGACAAAGACAUGAUCAGUCUAUACUUUUAAUGGUAGGUUUAUUUGAACAGUGAGAGACAGAAUAACAACAAGAAAAUCCAGAAAAAAUCAUGUCAAAAAUGUUAUAAAUUGACUUGCAUUUUAAUGAGGGAAAUAAGUAUUUGACCCCUCUGCAAAACAUGACUUAGUACUUGGUGGCAAAACCCUCGUUGGCAAUCACAGAGGUCAGACGUUUCUUGUAGUUGGCCAACAGGUUUGCACAUAUCUCAGGAGGGAUUUUGUCCCACUCCUCUUUGCAGAUCUUCUCCAAGUCAUUAAGGUUUCGAGGCUGACGUUUGGCAACUCGAACCUUCAGCUCCCUCCACUGAUUUUCUGUGGGAUUAUGGUCUGGAGACUGGCUAGGCCACUCCAGGACACUAAUGUGCUUCUUCUUAAGCCACUUCAUUGUUGCCUUGGCCGUGUGUUUUGGGUCAUUGUCAUGCUGGAAUACCCAUCCACGACCCAUUUUCAAUGCCCUGGCUGAGGGAAGGAGGUUCUCACCCAAGAUUUGACGGUACAUGGCCCCGUCCAUCCUCCCUUUGAUGCGGUGAAGUUGUCCUGUCCCCUUAGCAGAAAAACACCCCCAAAGCAUAAUGUUUCCACCUCCAUGUUUGACGGUGGGGAUGGUGUUCUUGGGGUCAUAGGUAGCAUUCCUCCUCCUCCAAACACGGCGAUUUGAGUUGAUACCAAAGAGCUCGAUUUUGGUCUCAUCUGACCACAACACUUUCACCCAGUUCUCCUCUGAAUCAUUCAGAUGUUCAUUGGCAAACUUCAGACGGGCCUGUAUAUGUGCUUUCUUGAGCAGGGGGACCUUGCAGGCGCUGCAGGAUUUCAGUCCUUCACGGCGUAGUGGGUUACCAAUUGUUUUCUUGGUGACUAUGGUCCCAGCUGCCUUGAGAUCAUUGACAAGAUCCUCCCGUGUAGUUCUGGGCUGAUUCCUCACCGUUCUCAUGAUCAUUGCAACUCCACGAGGUGAGAUCUUGCAUGGAGCCCCAGGCCGAGGGAGAUUGACAGUUAUUUUGUGUUUAUUCCAUUUGCGAUUAAUCGCACCAACUGUUGUCACCUUCUCACCAAGCUGCUUGGCGAUGGUCCAUUACAUAUUUAAGAGGACAAGCAGAUGUAAGUGCACUUUCUCUGGGCCAUUCCUCCAGCAACUGUCACCUCCUAUGUGGACAUCCGUUAUGUGUGGCCAGAGCUCUAUAGGUCGUCUGUAGCCCUGUCCUGGCAUUAGCGGCACCAUGGACUAGCCAGGGGGCUACCAUGGGAGAAGAGUAAAAAUAUAAUGCACCUACUGUACAGAACAUGACACUGUAUGAUUUUCAGACACAACAUGACUGUACAUGCAAAUUAAAAACUGUAUUUUAUACCUCUCACUGCUGCUUUGUAAAUCCUCAAAAUAACAAUAGACACCCCCAAAUAGUUUGCAUCACAUUUAGUUUUACCGUUAACAAAUGGUUACAAAAUCUAUUUCAGUUGUUAUUUGACAGGUAUUGAUCAUCUUACGUUUAAUCUUCUGUUACUGUGUCUUGCUACUAAUGUUACAGAUCUAUUUUGGCUGUGAAAUGGAAGAGGCUAAGCUUUUUUAGCAACCAAAAGCAACCAAUUUGGAUUCACAAUCCUCCCACAGCCUGAUGUGUAUAGCAUUAUGAUAGUGUCCAUGGUUUUGGCAUCCAGGUAACAUGACACAUUUUUUUUAUUCUUUCUAGAAACUGAUCAAAUAUAGGAAAAUAUUGUAUUACAGGAUCUCUAUGGUCCAUACGCCUUCCUCUUUCCUCCUCCUCAGACUGCAAAUCUCAGAUUAUGACUCUCUUCAGCUGUUAGCCAAAUGUAGCGCUUCAUGCUACGUGCCAGAAGUCACCAACAUCAACAGAGAGCAAACGCAAUGCCCCAAAAUUAAACGGCAUAAUUAAAACUCAUUUGUUUUGUCAAAAACGUUAAAUGAAAUCAUAAUCCCAAGUAGCAUGAUAUUGAGGAAUACAUUCCACUUCAAGCAGCAUUUGUGAUGACAGGUACUCACGUGACUGCUCCAGCUCUGAAUGGAAAAUUGAGUAAGGCCCACCUGUUAGGAUUGCCUUGGCCAAGGCAGGGUAUUAGUUAUUCUGUUCAACCUGGCUGAGUUUUAUUGCCAGUGUAUGAUAAUGUGAUCAGGAGUCAAGGCUCAAGAGAGGGAACAUUCCAAGGCAAAUUGGAAUUCUUGGAAUCAAUCAGAUUAUUACUAAAAACAUGAAUUCAAGUAGGGAAGCCAUAAUACAGGUAUUCCAUUGCUGUCGUAUAUGUAAUGUAAUGUAAUGAAAUAUGCAAUCUGCAAGUGGGCGAGAAGGGGCAAUACAACUCAUUGAUAAAAUAAAAGCCGAUUAUUUUAUCCCAUAAACUGGACAUGUGUGUCAAGAUGCAACAUUACAAAUGUUGAGUCCAUCUGAUUUGGGUUGUAACAUUCCAAUGUUUGGGGGGGGGGGGGGGGGGGGGGGGGGGGGUGAACGGUAUAGGGAAAGCGAACGGCGAGACACGUACUCUUCCGACAUUCACAGACUGAAACAUCCCCAUUGCUUAGUGUUGGCCUAUUUUCCCCUACUCCGCCCCCCAUGGACGUCUCCAGGCCACCAGAUCUAAUGAACUUCAUCAAAUGUGAACACACCCCAAGCAGAAACAAAUUAGCUUUUUCUCUUUGAAUCUAUUUCCUUCUCUCUCUCCCUCUGUUCCCCCCCCCCCCCCCCCCCCCCCCCCUUCAUUUUAUAUUUAAUGGCCCCCUAAUUUGAAGGUGUCAUACGAAUAAAGUUCAACAACAAAGUACGGUCAUCAUGAGAUAAAUAUAAAAGACUAUGUCAUUGUUGACCAUUAGCCACCUUUGGAGGAAUGCUUUACUAAUGCCAAUAUGUAAAAACAACAGUUAAUUUCACGUUUCUGUUAUGCUUGUCUCCAAGAAAAACUGUAGCCUAGUCUCAGUUCUGUUUGUGCCAUCAUGACAGCUCCGUGUCAUUUUAGUCAUGAUGACGCAAACAGACUGGAGCCCAGGUUAGAAAAACUGGUCUUGUUGUAAAUACAUUGCUAGAGAGAGUGAAUGGUCCCUUUCAUAACAUAUACCCACCUAAACUGACUCUGGGCCAGUUGAUACCCAACAAGUUCCACAACACACUCAACCAUAUUCCACUGUGAACAUGAUCAAUCAAUCAAUCAAUUUUAUUUUAUAUAGCCCUUCGUACAUCAGCUAAUAUCUCGAAGUGCUGUACAGAAACCCAGCCUAAAACCCCAAACAGCUAGUAAUGCAGGUGUAGAAGCACGGUGGCUAGGAAAAACUCCCUAGAAAGGCCAAAACCUAGGAAGAAACCUAGAGAGGAACCAGGCUAUGAGGGGUGGCCAGUCCUCUUCUGGCUGUGCCGGGUGGAAGUUAUAACAGAACCAUGCCAAGAUGUUCAAAAAUGUUCAUAAGUGACAAGCAUGGUCAAAUAAUAAUCAGGAAUAAAUCUCAGUUGGCUUUUCAUAGCCGAUCAUUAAGAGUUGAAAACAGCAGGUCUGGGACAGGUAGGGGUUCCAUAACCGCAGGCAGAACAGUUGAAACUGGAAUAGCAGCAAGGCCAGGCGGACUGGGGACAGCAAGGAGUCACCACGGCCGGUAGUCCCGACGUAUGGUCCUAGGGCUCAGGUCUCUCAGUUGGCUUUUCAUAGCCGAUCAUUAAGAGUUGAAAACAGCAGGUCUGGGACAGGUAGGGGUUUCGUAACCGCAGGCAGAACAGUUGAAACUGGAAUAGCAGCAAGGCCAGGCGGACUGGGGACAGCAAGGUGUCAGCAUGCCCGGUAGUCCUGACGUAUGGUCCUAGGGCUCAGGUUCUCAGAGAGAAAGAGAGAACGAGAGAAUUAGAGAGAGCAUACUUAAAUUCACACAGGACACUGGAUAAGACAGGAGAAGUACUCCAGGUAUAACCAACUAACCCCAGCCCCCCGACACAUAAACUACUGCAGCAUAAAUACUGGAGGCUGAGACAGGAGCGGUCCGGAGACACUGUGGCCCCAUCCGAAGAAACCCCCGGACAGGGCCAAACAGGAAGGAUAUAACCCCACCCACUCUGCCAAAGCACAGCCCCCGCACCACUAGAGGGAUAUCCUCAACCACCAACUUACAAUCCUGAGACAAGGCCGAGUAUAGCCCACAGAGGUCUCCACCACAGCACAAACCAAGGGGGGGCGCCAACCCAGACAGGAAGAUCACGUCAGUAACUCAACCCACUCAAGUGACGCACCCCUCCUAGGGACGGCAUGAAAGAGCACCAGCAAGCCAGUGACUCAGCCCCUGUAACAGGGUUAGAGGCAGAGAACCCCAGUGGAGAGAGGGGAACCGGCCUGGCAGAGACAGCAAGGGCUGUUCGUUGCUCCAGAGCCUUUCCGUUCACCUUCACACUCCUGGGCCAGACUACACUCAAUCAUAUGACCUACUGAAGAGAUAAGUCUUCAGUAAAGACUUAAAGGUUGAGACCGAGUCUGCGUCUCUCACAUGGGUAGGCAGACUGUUCCAUAAAAAUGGAGAUCUAUAGGAGAAAGCCCUGCCUCCCGCUGUUUGCUUAGAAAUUCUAGGGACAAUUAGGAGGCCUGCGUCUUGUGACCGUAGCGUACGUAUUGGUAUGUACGGCAGGACCAACUCGGAAAGAUAGGUAGGAGCAAGCCCAUGUAACGCUUUAUAGGUUAACAGUAAAACCUUGAAAUCAGCCCUUGCCUUAACAGGAAGCCAGUGUAGGGAAGCUAGCACUGGAGUAAUAUGAUCAAAUUUCUUGGUUCUAGUCAGGAUUCUAGCAGCCGUAUUUGGAACCCCAGUGGCAGCUCAUUAAACAGGCAUAUUUCUCAUCCCAGGUAAUGUAACAGUAAUGCAGCCGCCGUAAAUAAUGGAUGGAAGUGGUUGGCGCUGUGCUGUUACUGUCCUGUUGGUGCUAAAUUAUGGAUCAAGCAUCAAGUGGCUCUUUCAAUCAAUUCACACUAGUUGUCAUUUUCACUAGCCUAGCGUCAACACUCACACAGAUUGAGUCAGGAAUCUCAAGUUCAGUGUAAGUCUGUGAAAAGGCUGGUAAUUAGACUGUUAUGAUGGGAGGAGUUGCUGUUGUUUCCAGUGGAGAAUUGUUGAACUUGUUAGAAAACAAAAGUGCCAUGCAAAUGUCUGAUUGUAACCAGAUCUGGUUCUCAAUGAAUCCCUAAGACUUCAUACAUAUAACAUUAAAUGCCAAUAUGGCCACCAGUACUACCGCCCAAUGCCCUGGCAACGAAGAACCAUGUGAGUUUUGAACAAUUCUGAUAUUGUCAAAUAUUUCUAUUUUUUUCCCAUAGUUUUUAUAAUGAUUCAUGAAGUCCACAAAUUUUUUUCAAAAAACACCAGUGGCUGUCGGUGCCAUUUAAGAUGAGGGAGGAAUUAAUUUAAUGAGAAUGGCCUUAUUUCUAUUACAGCAUAUUCGAUGACUGUCAUUCAUAUUCCAUUCACCCAGCUCAAUGUAACAUCGAUAGGUUUAUGCUACCACAUGAUACUCAAAUUUUCCCUAUAACCAUCAUGAGGCCUAUGAAUCAACGUUUAUAACGUAGGUGCACAGGGUUAACAGACAGUGACACAUUCAAUACCGCCUAGCACACUCUUGCCUGCAUCUAGCUGAUCUAGGGUAUAAUCAUUAGUCCAACAGUUGCAAACGAGAGUUUUGAUUGGACAAACUCAGGUAUGUUUAUCCACGUUUCGUUCUGUUUGCUUGUUUAAGAAACGUUUUUCAACAGAAUCGGCGGAAUGAAUACACCUCUGAUCACACGCAAACACAGUUAACUUUUAUAGUAGCCACAUUCAAACAGCAUGAUCACUUUGCUCGUUGCAUAAUUCCUUCUCGCAUCUACGCGCUAUCCUACUCUCACCUUUUCCCUUCGCUUGUGGAUGUCAGUGCACAACACAUCAGCUGUCUGUGACCAGGCAAAAAUAACUUUCUAAGCCAAACCUUCAUAUCAUAACCGCUAAACUCUACACACAGCCUACAUCAUUGGAACCAUAUUAGCUCAUGUUAUAGUCAAUAUAGCUAAUAGAACCCGCUACAAUCAUGCAGUACAGUGUACAGUCAGCAAGCAGUUUAGUAGUUACACCGGCGGGCCCUGGUGGCAAUUAAUUAAUAAAACCAAAAGCUUACCUUGACUUGGAAGAGUUCCAGCUAGCUAACCGGAUGUUUGAGUAGGCUAAACUAUCUAGCUGCAUUUGCUAGCUGAGUAAGUGAAAGUGAAAAAAAUACAAGGAAACAUAUCUCUCUCUCUCUCUCUCUCUCUCUCUCUCUCUCUCUCUCUCUCUCUCUCUCUCUCUCUCUCUCUCUCUCUCUUUCUCUCUCUCUGGCUUCUCCUUCAUUUUUUAAAAUUAAUUUGUUCAAAACUGUACAACUAUUGUCUUUCUCUCUCUUUGAGUCAACUACUCACCACAUUGUAUGCACUGCAGCGUUAGCUAGCUGUAGCUUAUGCUUUCAGUACUAGAUUCAUUCUCUGAUCCUUUGAUUGGGUGGACAACAUGUCAGUUCAUGCUGCAGGAGUUCUGAUACGUUGGAGGACGUCCUCCAGAAGUUGUCAUAAUUACUGUGUAAGUCUAUGGAAGGGGGUGAGAACCAUGAGUCUCCUCGGUUUUGUAUUGAAGUCAAUGUACCCAGAGGAGGACGGAAACUAGGUGUCCUCCGACUACACCAUGGCGCUAUCCUACAGAGUGCUGUUGAGGCUACUGUAGACCAUUAUUUUUCUGAAAUUCACUGAGGAGGAUGGUCCUCCCCUUUCUCCUCUGAGGAGCCUCCACGGAAAUGCGCAUAUAUGGUUCUUCGUCCAUAGGAUUCUAUUAUAUUUUGGGCACACAAUCAUCAACAUUAUUCAUACAAUGUAUUGAUUAUUAACCCUGUAGACUCGAUGUCUGCACCUUGAGUCAUCUUGAGUAUGAAGUCACAAGCUUGGCACACCUGUAUUUGGGUAGUUUCUCCCAUUCUUCUCUGCAAAGGGAAGCACAGACGCGAGCUGCCCAGUGACACGAGCCUACCAGACAAGCUAAAUUACUUCUAUGCUCGCUUCGAGGCAAGUAACACUGAAACAUACCAGUUUCAUUUAAGGACCAAAGGAUUGACAGCCGUCCCAUAUAGAUUCCAAAAUAGUUGGGAAGAGAUUUUUGACGUACCGAUUCCAUGGCAUAGUGUUUAUGAAUUGAUAGGCAAAACGACGUCGGAUUCAAAACUUCGAAUUUUUCAAUUUCAAUUAUUAUAUAAAAUUCUUGCUUCUAAACAGCUUCUACCCCCAAGCCAUAAGACUCCUGAACAUCUAAUCAAAUGGCUACCCAGACAAUUUGCAUUGCCCCCACCCCCUCUUUUACGCUGCUGCUACUCUGUGUUUAUUAUUUAUUCAUAGUAACUUUAAUAACUCUACCUACAUGUACAUUUUACCUCAAUUACCUCGACUAACCAGUGCCCCCGCACAUUGACUCGGUACCGGUACCCCCUGUACAUAGCAUCGCUAUUGUUAUUUUUACUGCUGCUCUUUAAUUAUUUGUUACUUUUAUUUCGUAUUAUUUUAUAUUGUAUUUCUUUGUGUGAUUUUUUUUGCUAUUCUUUCUUAAAACUGCACUGUUGGUUAAGGGCUUGUAAGUAAGCAUUUCACUGUAAGGUCUACACCGGUUGUAUUCGGCGCAUGUGACAAGUAAUAUUUAUUUUAUUUUAUUUUAUUUGAGAUCCUCUCAAGCUCUGCAGGUUGGAUGGGGAGCGUUGCUGCACAGCAAUUUUCAGGUCUCUACAGAGAUGUUCGAUCAGGUUCAAGUCAGGGCUCUGGCUGGGCCACUCAAGGACAUUCGGAGACUUGUCCUGAAGCCACUCCUGCGUUGUCUUGGCUGUGUGCUUAGGGUUGUUGUCCUGUUAGAAGGUGAACCUUCGCCCCAGUCUGAGGUCAUGAGUGCUCUGAGCGCUCUGGAGCAGGUUUUCAUCAAGGAUCUCUCUGUACAUUGGUCCGUUCUUUCCCUCGAUCCUCACUAGUCUCCCAGUCCCUGCCGCUGAAAAAUAUCCCCACAGCGUGAUGCUGCCAUCACCGAAGGGAUGGUAUUGGCCAGGUGAUGAGUGGUGCCUGGUUUCGUCCGGACGUGAUGCUUGCUCCGUUUGGCUGAGCGGCCAGUGGUAGGAAGAGUGUUGGUGUUUCCAAUCUUCUUCCAUUUAAGAAUGAUGGAGGCCACUGUGUUCUUGGUGAUCUUCAAUGCUGCAGAAAUAUUUGGUACCCUUCCCCAGAUCUGUGCCUCGACACAAUCCUGUCUCGGAAAUCUACGGACAAUUCCUUAUGGCUUGGUUUUAGCUCUGACAUGCACUGUCAACUGUGGGACCUUAUAUAGACAGGUGUGUGCCUUUCCAAAUCAUGUCCAAUCAAUUGGAUUUACCACAGGUGGACUCCAAUCAAGUUGUAGAAACAUCUCAAGGAUGAUCAAUGGAAACAGGACGCACUUGAGCUCAAUUUCGAGUCUCAUAGCAAAGGAUCUAAAUGCUUACAGUACCAGUCAAAAGUUUGGACACAUACUCAUUCAAGGGUUUUUCUUUAUUUUUUACUAUUUUCUACAUUGUAGAAUAAUAGUGAAGACAUCAAAACUAUGAAAUAACACAUGGAAUCAUGUAGUAAACAGAAAUGUGUUAAACAAAUCAAAAUAAAUGUUAUAUUUGAGAUUCUUCAAAUAGCCACCCUUUGCCUUGAUGACAGCUUUGCACACUCUUAGCAUUCUCUCAACCAGCUUCACCUGGAAUGCUUUUCCAACAGUCUUGAAGGAGUUCCCACAUAUGCUGAGCACUUGUUGGCUGCUUUUCCUUCACUCUGCGGUCCGACUCAAUUGGGUUGAGGUCGGGGGAUUGUGGAGGCCAGGUCAUCUGAUGCAGCACUCCAUCACUCUCCUUCUUGGUAAAAUAGCCCUUAUACAGCCUGGAGGUUUGUUGGUUCAUUGUCCUGUUGAAAAACAAAUGGUAGUCCCACUAAGCCCAAACCAGAUGGGAUGGCAUAUCGCUGCAGAAUGCUGUGGUAGCCAUGCUGGUUAAGUGUGCCUUGAAUUCUAAAUAAAUCACAGAGAGUGUCACCAGCAAAGCACCCCCACACCAUAACACCUCCUCUUCCAUGCUUCACGGUGGGAAAUACACAUGCGGAGAUCAUCCGUUCACCCACACCGCAUCUCACAAAGACACGGCCGUUGGAACUAAAAAACUCCAGCCCAAAGGACAGAUUUCCAUUGCUUGUGUUUCUUGGCCCAAGCAAGUCUCUUCUUAUUAUUGGUGUCCUUUAGUAGUGGUUUCUUUGCAGCAAUUCGACCAUGAAGGCCUGAUUCACACAGUCCCCUCUGAACAGUUGAUGUUGAGAUGUGUCUGUUACUUGAACUCUGUGUAGCAUUUAUUUGGGCUGCAAUUUCUGAGGCAGGUAACUCUAAUGAACGUAUCCUCUGCAGCAGAGGUAACUCUGGGUCUUCCCUUCCUGUGGCGGUCCUCAUGAGAGCCAGUUUCAUCAUUGAUGGUUUAUUCGACUGCACUUGAGGAAGGAAGGCCAUAAAAAUUGUGAAAGACGGCAAGCGGUACAGGAGCGCCAAGUCUAGGUCAAAAAGGCUUCUCAACAACUUCUACCCCCAAGCCAUAAGACUCCUGAACAUCUAGUCAUGGCUACCCGGACUAUUUGCACUGCACCCCCACCCCCACCCCCACCCCAUCUUUUUACGCUGCUGCUACUCUGUUAAUUAUUUAUGCAUAGUCACUUUAACUCUACCCACAUGUACGUAUUACCUCAACUACCUCAACUAGCCGGUGCCCCCGCACAUUGACUCUGCACCGGUACCCCCCUGUAUAUAGCCUCCCUACUGUUAUUUUAUUUGACUUCUGCUCUUUUUUUCUCAACACUUUUUUGUUGUUGUUGUUUUAUUUUACUUUUUUAUUAAGAAAUAAAUGCAUUGUUGGUUAAGGGCUGUAAGUAAGCAUUUCAUGGUAAUGUCUACACCUGUUGUAUUCGGUGCAUGUGGCAAAUACAAUUUUAUUUGAUUUGAUUUGUGUCCAAACUUUUGACUGGUACUGUAUGUAAAUAAUUUAUUUCUGUUUUUUAUUUUCUAUACAUUUCAAAAAACCUGUUUUCGCUUUGUCAGUAUGGUGUGCAGAUUGAUGAGGAAAAAAUUUAACUUUAUCCAUUUUAGAAUAAGGCUGUCACAUAACAAAAUGUUCUGAAUGCACUGUAUAUGGAAGUAGUUUAGUGCCAAAAUUCCUGUUGAUGUAUUUUUGCUAUGGGCUAAUAGCAGUAAGGCCAAAUUCAAUGUUUCAUAAAAUAUAUUUUUAUAGAUAUUUUUUGAUACCUAAAUGGAAUUACCAUCCUAAAGCAAUUCCAUAUGUUCGCUUAGUAGAACCACCCCCCUAUCUAUUGCCUUACUGGCAAUUGUUUUUAUUCAUAUACUUCCAUUUACCAGCCAAUCAUGAAGACCCCUCCAUGGAGAUCAAACUCUAACCAAUCCAAUUUGUAUUUUCUAUUUGUAUUUAUCCCCAUUAGCUGCUGCCAAGGCAGACACUACUCUUCCAGGAAAAUUAUGCAGUUAUAUACAAUUUAAAAUAUUACUUGACAUUACAUUUCAUAACACUUUCACAACACAUUAAAUGUGUUCCCUCAGGCCACUACUCUACUACCACAUAUCUACAAUACAAAAUCCAGGUGUACUGUAAGGGUUGGUGUGAAGUGUGACCCAGGUGCAGUGCAGGAUAGACAGUAGGCAGUAGGCAGAGAUGUUGAAACAAGGAUCUUUACUGGUGGUCCCAAAACCAGGAUACAAAAUAAUGGACUUGUCACUAAAGGAGGAGCAAAUUGGUCUCCAAAAACAGGCUGACAGCAAACAUACGAAAUGCUAACUAUGACUGAAAACAACAAUGAAACAGGGAGAACACUUCUCAAGUACCUGUACAUACGUCUCGCGAUCAGACACUGAUUAGUACUGUUUGGCAUCGAGAACUCUUUAUCCACGAUAUAGCGUGGUCUCCUGUAUCUCAGUUGGUAGAGCAUGACGCUUGCAACGCCAGGGUUGUGGGUUCGUUUCCCACGGGGGGCCAGUAUGAAAAUGUAUGCACUCACUAACUGUAAGUUGCUCUGGAUGAGAGCGUCUGCUAAAUGACUAAAAUGUGUAAAGCCGUAACACAUACGUUUUUCCAUCAGCAGACUAUGAUCGAUAAUGUCAAAAGCCGCACUGAAGUCUAACAAAACAGCUCCCACAAUCUUUCUAUCAUCAAUUUCUCUGAGCCAAUCAUCAGUAAUUUGUGUAAGUGCGGUGCUUGUUGAAUGUCCUUCCCUAUAAGCGUGCUGAAAGUCUGUUGUCAAUUUGUUUACAGUUAAAAUAGCAUUGUAUCUGGUCAAACACAAUUUUCUCCAAAAGUUUACUAAUGGUUGGUAACCGGCUGAUUGGUCAGCUAUUUGAGCCAGUAAAGGGGGAUUUACUAUUUUUGGGUAGCGGAAUUACUUUUGCUUACAUUUACAUUUUAGUCAUUUAGCAGACGCUCUUAUCCAGAGCGACUUACAGUUAGUGAUUAUUUUAUUUUUUAAUACUGGCCCCCCGUGGGAAUCGAACCCACAACCCUGGCGUUGCAAACGCCAUGCUCUAUCAAUUGAGCUACAUCCCUGCCGGCCAUUCCCUCCCCUACCCUGGACAAAUUGUGCACCGCCCAUGAGUCUCCCGGUCGCGGCCGGCUGCAACAGAGCCUGGAUUCGAACCAGGAUCUCUAGUGGCACAGUUAGCACUGCGAUGCAGUGCCUUAGACCACUGCGCCACUCAGCCCUCCAGGUCUGAGGACACACACUUUCCAGUAGGCUUAGAUUGAACAUAUGGCAAAUAGGAGUGGCAAUAUCGUUCGCUUAUAUCCUCAGUAAUUUUCAAUCCUAGUUUCAAGUUGUGGCUUGUCAUUGUUGAUAGACAACAAUAAUCUUUUCACAAAAACCCAUAAUCAAUAAAAAACAUAAUUAUUUUUCCAGCCUCUCCUUAUUGCUCUGUGUUCACCUCGAUCACACCCAUAUCCAUCGCGGAUGCCAUGGCAACUCUAUCCCAUAUAGCUUUAAUCUUCAUAGUCAGGUCCCAGGGAUAUUAUAUCAGUAUAUGUUGUGCUUAAUGAUCUAUAGUUCACACCACCGCUUAUUAACUCUGCCCAGUCAUAAGCAACUGCAACUGCAGUGCAUCAUUAUUUAUUCCAAUGGCAUUCCUAUACAUCGUCAACACUAUGUAAAACCUGUAUAGUUUCAAUGUUUUUUUUGUGUUUUUUUUUUGUGGAUAGAUCAGCUUUAAUAUUGUAGAUAGAUUGUGGCUUCCAUCAAUGUAAUUGUCUGCAUCAUUUCCAAUCCCCCAUAUAUAUUUUUUAAAUAUAUAUAUAUUAUUUUAAAUAUACAUAUUUCUAAAUAUAUUUUCCUUAUUUAUUAUUUCAAUGUGUUGUGGCUUUGUAAUAAUAAUUAGACACAACUUUCGUAAUACACCUCAAAUAAAUGUGUCCUCCAUUUAGCAGUCAUACAGUAUCUAAAUAAUGCAUAAGUAUGCCUAAUAAAACCUUCAUAACGAACAUGACACGACUCAUUAACAUCAAUGAGCAAUUAAAUCACAUGCCCUCAAGACAGCAGAGUGCUCUCUGUUACAGCUAGGCACACUUUUUGUCACCCAUUCCCACGUAAAGGGACGAGAGCCCCGCAAAUUGAAAUAUCAUAGCUGGGAAACGAUGGGAUUCGGGCCUGAUGACGUGACAACACUGGUGGUGGAUUACAUCUGGAGAAUGGCUAGGAUGAGGAAAAUGUGAAAUCAUGUGAAAGCGUGUUUUUGGAACACUUCACGUGUGAUUGGAUGAUUUCACAUGUAUAGUUUCAUGUUAUGUUGCUUUAUAUGUUGUCACAUAUUAUCACAUUAACUUCACAUAAGAUCCCAUGUGAUCACAUGUGUUUUUGGAACACUUAACAUGUGUUCACAGGCUGAAGCAGAGGUAGAUAUCUAGCCUACUUGCUAUUCCAGUCACAGUCUGUGUAGAAACAGAUGCAGAGCGUGGAGGAAGAGGGCUAUUGCUAUCGCAUUGCAGCGUGACGGAAAAUCGACACGAGGCGUGAUAGAGGAGAUGGCAGCUAAAUGACUGCUUGGCUGCGAUGAGGGAGAUGUCAUUGAUUGGUAUCUCUGAGAAUUACAAUAAAAGUAGAUUUGGCUCGGUUUUUAAGACUUUUUCUUUUUGAAUGGGAAACUUGAGCGGGGAUUGAAUGUGGAUGAAUGGGGAAUAAUUAAUCAAGGGUUCUAAUGGUGAUGUAGAGGCACUGGAGGAAAUUCUCCAGUUGUAUGAGUGUGAAAUUACAUUUGUGCAUUUCAUUAGUGCUGCUCAUUGAUUUGGGGAGCAUAUUUCAGAGUGCACUGGGAGGAGAGGAAAUACUAUUUGACUCAAUAUCAGCUCAUAUCUGGCCAUGAAAAAGAUUGAGGUUCACUAAUGAAAUUGGAUUGGGACAAACCUGAUGCAUAUUGCAUUAGUCUGAAACAAAGUUAAGCAUGUAUGACAUGCAUUUGUAGAGUAUGUUGGGAUAGCAGCCGUUAGGAUGAAGGAUGAACUCACUGUCCAGACCACUCCCCUCAAACACAUACACAAACACUAACAUACAGUAACACUUCAAUGGGAUUGUGAUGCUGUUCUAAUAUGGUCACCGCAUUUUGUAGAAACACAACGAUCAAGUCAAAUUCACCCAGACAUCCCGCCCACAGACACUUAGACUGAGGCAGUCUCACACACACUCAUGCAACAGCAUAAUUUUAGUGGUUGUGGUGGUGAUAUAAAGGCCUUGUACUGACCACAGCUUAGUCUGAUUGAUUCCUCUCAAGAUUUCUUCCAGCAUUCUCAACCAGUGCUCUCUGUUGUCCAGAGAUUUACUGUAUAUAGUGAACAUUCCCUUCUGUCUUUCACGAUGUCUGAAUGUCUCUCUUCUCUCUGUGUGCUCAGGAUGCCUGGAGUGCUGUAUCAAAUGCCUGGGCGGCAUCCCGUACCCAUCACUCAUCGCUACAAUCCUGCUGUACGCCGGGGUGGCGCUGUUCUGCGGCUGCGGGCACGAGGCCCUCUCCGGGACCGUCACCAUCCUGCAGAACUACUUUGAGGUGGUCAGAGGACCCGUGGAUUCCCUUGAUGUGUUCACCAUGUGAGUAGGCUACACACGUAACACACCUAUGACCUACACUGGAAACAUUCAAGACACACUGUUGUGUAUCACCUGAAAGCUCUCUGUACUUUAGAAGAACCUGCAUUGCAGAUAGGCUAGAUAAGACCAACAUUGUAUUCUGGUGAAAGCACACUGUCUCGAUUUAAAAUGGGUUUCAAAUUAGUCACUUGUAUAUUUAUUGUGUGAAUACACGAUUCAAUAUAACUACAUGGUAUCUAUAGAACUUCAUGAUAAGUUUGACCAAACAGAGUUACAGAGGGUGUAUAAAGGUGUUUUUAAUGCAAAAUAACAAUGAAACAACAAUGUCAUAACUGUACAUUACAGUUGUUUUCACACACUUUUCCCUUUUCCUUCCAGCAUUGACAUCAUUAAAUAUGUAAUCUAUGGCAUCGCCUCAGCGUUCUUUGUCUACGGCAUUCUGCUGAUGGUGGAGGGCUUCUUUACCAGCGGAGCCAUUAAGGACCUGUAUGGAGACUUCAAGAUCACCACCUGUGGACGUUGUGUCAGUGCUUGGGUAAGGGGUAAUUAAUCACUGAAUGAUGAAGUUUACUGACCUUCAAGAGUAUCUGGUAACGUUUUCUAUGAACGACCUGUGUGUAAUGUGAUGUCCCUAAGGGACAAAGUAGCUUUUAAAAUGGUAGUGCCAUCAAUCACAAUAUUGUAGCUCAAAUUUGACUAUUCUGUGUAAAGGGCAGAAUGUAGCCCUCUCUCUGAGUACCCCCAUCCGUUCCACUUUCUAUUCCAGUACUGGCACACCUGUUUCAAGUGGCCAAUCAUCAAGUCCAAGUGGAAUUAAGUGUGCUAGUACUGGAAUAGAUCAAAAAGUGGAAUGUGGGGUACUUGAGGAGAGGUUUGGGAAACACAGUUAUAGAUUCAGUCACAAUAAAUCCUGAUGGGAAAUACUAACACCUCCUAAUGUUAUUCCUAAUUCACUUGACACGAGGUAUAAAAAUUGCAACCUGGAAUCUAAAGAGUCUCCCCUAUCCUAUGUCUUAGUUCAUCAUGCUGACGUACAUCUUCAUGCUGACUUGGCUCGGGGUGACAGCGUUCACCUCCCUCCCCGUCUUCAUCUACUUCAACAUCUGGAACAUUUGCCAAAACACCACCAUCCCGGAGGGAGUCACUCUGUGCCUGGACCCGCGCCACUAUGGUAAGGAUUCAUGAUAUACAGUAGUUGGGUUUACUGCUUCUCUCUGGGUAGUUUCAAACAUAUUACCCAUGAAUGUUGCAUAGACAUCUGUGGUAUAGAUAUUCUGAGAUAAAUCAAAACUAAUAUGCAAAUGUCAGAAUGGCCUAUUGAAAUGUUCUCCUCUCUUUUCAGGUAUUGUGCCAAUUGAGGAGGGGAAGACUGUAUGCACUGGAUCUGACAAGUUUUACAAAAUGUGUGAAUCAAAUGAGGUAGGUGAUAAAAAUCACUUAACAUAUAUUUAAUAAAUGAUGUGAUACUUGGUUUCAAAAUUUCAAAGUUCAAAAGCUUUUGCAAAAUGAACAUUUACAUGUAACAUCAAUGAAUGUUUUGAGCAAUGCAGAUAGGUCUUUUACAUGUUCACUGUGGUUUUCAUGGGGAAGCCUGACUAACGUUUUCCUUUCCUUUGUCUUUGAUAAAGCUGGACAUGACAUUCCACCUGUUUGUUUGUUCACUGGCUGGUGCUGGAGCAGCUGUCAUUGCUAUGGUAAGACACAAAAACAGAUUACUUUUCUAUCUCUGUUGAUAUAGCUGAUGGUACAGCUUUGAUUUAUAUCCAUUUGAGGGCAAUAUCACAUCUAAUGGACCAUGCAAUCUUUAUAUGAACGGCUGAGAUCUGUACAGAUCACUGUAUAGAUUAUAUCUCAUGUUCCUCAUAUGAGAAAAUAGGAAUCAGACAUGUCAGUGAUUUUCCCCUGCACUAGUUUUUAUUUAACUAGUCCAUACGCAAAAAAAUUGUUCUGAUUUGACAUGGCCAUUUUGAAAAUGACAGUAAUAGGUCAAAUACAAGUUGUAAUGGGGUAAACCAAAUGUUGUGUUUUAAUGGGCUCGGUUGAUUUCUGUAGCUGAAAUCUGUUUUGCUGUAGGCCUAUGGGAAUGGAUGGGGAGGCAGUAUUUUUAGUGAUCCAAUUUACAUUUCAGUCAUUUAGCAGACGCUCUUAUCCAGAGCGACUUACAAUUAGUGAGUGCAUACAUUUUUCAUACUGGCCCCCGUGGGAAACAAACCCACAACCCUUGCGUUGCAAGUGCCAUGCUCUACGAACUGAGCUACAGGAGGCAGUAUUUGGCGCAGUGGUGAGACAAGGUUUUUCUUUGGCCCAGAGAUGCUAGGCAUGUCACAGCGUUGUCAUGGAAACUGGGAGAAGAAAGGCCCGGAGCUUGUUGAAAACAUCUCUCAGUAAUUUGUGAGGAGCCAUUUUCUAAGAAAGAGAAUGUGGUCAUCGUUAGUCAAAGAUGAUUGUGCAAAUUGCAGUGAGACAUUGCCUCCCAUUUUAACAAAACAAAUGGCUAGGAAACAGACGCCCACCAACAGAAGCGUGGCAGUAAAAAAAGGAUACUACAAUGUUAAAAAAGAAUCAAAGCAAGUCUGAUUUCUCUCUCAUGAUGAACUGAAAAGGUGUUGAUGCAUUGAACAAUGCAUGGUCCUUCCAUUUUAGCUGAUUAUUUAACUGAUUACUAAAACAAAUGACUAAUGAUCAAAAUCAAAUACGACAUGAGAUGUUAAACAGAAUGGAUGCAGUCUUUUCACGAUUCCAAGUCCUCACAGCUGAGACCACAGCUUUUGUUGGAAUCCUUAAGAACCAGUAAAUUGGUCUUUGUGUAGAUUUAAAUCCAUUAGCUUCUUAUAUUGACCAUGAUUCAGUGUGAAAGUUGUGGCAAAGUAACAACCACAGUAAUUUAAGCAAAAUACGUUCACAAUGGCAAUGUGUCUCCAUGAACCUUUACUGCCAUGGAAACCCUGGGUACUGCUGACUUCUUCUAUUGUACUGCCACCUGCUGGCAUGUCAGUGAAACACACCAUUGUGAAUUGAAAAUGAAAGAUUUCAGAAUUUGAGACAUUGUUUUUCACCUCUAGUAUACUUAAUUUAACUCAUUUUCCAGCUUUAAUUAAGGCUGUGGGCCACAAUAAUAGCACUUUAUAUUUCUGCAGAUGAUGUCAUGAUGUGAAAAUCCAUAGAGAUCCUAUUAAAUUACUAAUAUUCUAAUUCCUCAUUCUAUGUUCUCCAUUAAGACGGUAUCAUGAAAUCUGUAGUGAUAAUACAAUAUAUAAAUAUGGUACACUUUCUUCAAUUUCUUGACAGGCAUUAAUCUUUCCCUAAUGGAUGUCAGUGGAAAAGUGAAAGACCAAUCAUUUGCGGCUUUUGAUUUUUCUCCCUGACUGAACUUGUGGGUGACUCAUCUCUGUUUCAGAUCCACUACCUGAUGGUGCUGUCGGCCAACUGGGCCUACGUGAAGGACGCGUGCAGGAUGCAAAAGUACGAGGACACCAAGUCCAAGGAGGAGCAGGAGCUCCACGACAUCCACUCCACCCGCUCCAAGGAGCGUCUCAACGCCUACACCUAA